UUGAUCUACAAUCUCCGUAUCUUAACAUGCCUAAUGAAGACAAAAGUUCGAAGACUGAUGAUGACGAUUUAACUAUUCCUUCUAACUAUCAAAAUCUAAAUUCAAGAAUUACUUCAUCGGACACUACCAAACUCAAUAGUAAAUUAAAUGAAAACGGCGAACCAAAAUCAAAACUCGAUAUGGAAAAAGUAAAUGAAAAUUUAAGCCAAUUAAAAACUGGAUCUUUUGAUCAACAAUCCUCACAUCUUAAUAUACCUAAUAAUGAUAACAGAAGUAAUUCGCAAUAUUUAAAUUCAAGAAAUAAUACCAGAUUUAAUAAUCAAUUAGAUGAAAAAAAGAAAAAAGGAAAUCCCAGGAAUUUAUUAAUAAUUGGUCAUGCAGGUAGUGGUAAAUCCACACUGUCCAAUGUAUUAAGUAAUACUGUUGAGAGCAAGUGCUCUAAAAAUUUCCGAAAACAAAUUUUUGAAUGGGAAGGAAUUAAAUAUCAUGUGGUUGAUGACAUUGGAAUGGCGUUAACUAAUAAGGAAGUUAUGUAUAAAAAAAUGCCAGAAGUAAAUUAUUUGAUACCGGAA